UUGGCUGGGGAAACGCACCCCGCUCCCUGCGGCGGGUAUAAAGAGGCUGACUGCGGCCGCCGGACAGCUCCGAGAUUCGCAGGCGGCAAAAGCUCGCUUCGUUAGUCCCCAUCCGUGCCGAGUACCCGUCCAGACACCACGAAGAUGGCACCCAUUGGGGGCACCAAGGCCAAGAAGGGCAUCCUAGAACGUUUAAACGCUGGCGAGGUUGUGAUUGGAGAUGGAGGGUUUGUCUUUGCACUGGAGAAGAGGGGCUAUGUAAAGGCAGGCCCCUGGACCCCCGAAGCGGCUGUGGAGCACCCAGAGGCAGUUCGCCAGCUUCAUCGAGAAUUCCUCAGAGCUGGAUCAAAUGUCAUGCAGACCUUCACCUUCUAUGCAAGUGAGGACAAGCUGGAGAACAGGGGAAACUAUGUUGCAGAGAAGAUAUCUGGGCAGAAAGUCAAUGAAGCUGCUUGUGACAUUGCCCGGCAAGUGGCUAAUGAGGGAGAUGCUUUGGUAGCAGGAGGCGUGAGUCAGACACCUUCAUAUCUUAGCUGCAAGAGUGAAGUUGAAGUUAAAAGAAUAUUCCAGCAACAAUUAGAGGUCUUUAUGAAGAAGAAUGUGGACUUCUUGAUUGCAGAGUAUUUUGAACAUGUUGAAGAAGCUGUGUGGGCAGUUGAAACCUUGAAAGCAUCUGGCAAGCCAGUGGCGGCAACCAUGUGCAUUGGCCCAGAAGGAGAUUUGCACGGUGUGACCCCUGGCGAGUGUGCAGUGCGCCUGGUGAAAGCAGGAGCUUCCAUCGUUGGUGUGAACUGCCACUUUGACCCCACGAUUAGUUUACAAACAGUGAAGCUCAUGAAAGAGGGCUUGGAGGCUGCCCGAUUGAAAGCCCACCUGAUGAGCCAGCCCUUGGCCUUCCACACCCCAGACUGCAACAAACAGGGAUUUAUCGAUCUCCCAGAAUUCCCUUUUGGACUGGAGCCCAGAGUUACCACCAGAUGGGAUAUUCACAAGUAUGCCCGAGAGGCCUAUAAUCUGGGGGUCAGGUACAUUGGCGGGUGCUGUGGAUUUGAGCCCUAUCACAUCAGAGCCAUUGCAGAAGAGCUGGCCCCAGAAAGAGGCUUUUUGCCAGCAGCUUCAGAAAAACAUGGCAGCUGGGGAAGUGGGUUGGACAUGCACACCAAACCUUGGAUUAGAGCAAGGGCUAGGAAGGAAUAUUGGGAGAAUCUUCAGAUAGCCUCAGGCAGGCCAUACAACCCUUCAUUAUCAAAGCCAGAUGCCUGGGGAGUGACCAAAGGAACAGCUGAGCUGAUGCAGCAGAAAGAAGCCACAUCUGAGCAGCAGCUGAAAGAGCUCUUUGACAGACAGAAAUUCAAAUCUGUUUAGUAGCCUCAGUGGAACCUGUUUUGGGUAUAUUCCUGUAUGUUUGGGUCACAGUUCCUAUAAAUAAGGAAUGGAUGGUUAAAAAGCAAUGUUUGUAUUAAUGUCAACUUGUACAUAUAAUUAGUAUUAGUGGAUCAAAAUAGAAUUACAAAUAGCACUUGACAAUGUUGAAAGUAUGCUUUAGAAGUUUAGUUAGAAGCUAAAUAAAUAGGAAAUAAAUCUUAAACAGGCUUACUAAGCACCCACCAUGAGUAAGGUAUUAUGGAAAGCUGUCUCAUAGGCAGAGUAAUUCAGAUGUUAAUCCCACUUCAAGAAGUUGGUAGGCUACCAGGGAGGAUGGGACAUGAACUGUCAUAAAUGACUCAGCAACCAGCCAGGAAUAGAUAAAGUGCUAUGGAAAGUGGCUUCUAAGCUCUUUUGAACAUGACCCUUAGUAAGAAACUCAAUUUAUAUAGUGACCCAGGAAAACAUAUGAUAUAUAACCAUUGAAAUAAGGUGUGUGAUCCAUUCUGGUAUUUUCUAUUCUAUUCCUGUCAUAUUUUAUUAAUAAAAUAUUCUGGUUGAAACCCUUCAAACUGAUUUUUAUGACCCAUUAGUGGGUUUUGACCCACAGUUUGAAAAACAUUUCCAUGGGACACUUCAGAUAUGGGGACUCUCCUAUUUAAGUUUAUUCUUACAAGAAGGUCAGUCAUAUGGGGCCUGCUCAACAAGUAUUCAAAGCUCAGAGUCCUGCUUUCAGAUUUCUUCUAUUUCCUGACCCACUUCUACUGCUAACAGAUGGACCAACCAGUGGGUAGAAGGGAGGAGACAUUACUGUUUUGGCCCCUCCAUCCUGCUCGACACUGGAUCCACCUAAUGAUUCCAGUUGGUAAGGCUGAGGAGCAGUGAGCUUGAGUUAGUUUGGUAGCUUAAAGUAUAAUAAGAAAAAAGAGAUUGUCAAACUCUAGCCAGAUUUCCUAGAUUGAACUAUGAUAUUUCUACCUGGUGAUUUAAUAUCUACUCUCCUAUGAGAGAUCAAGCCUGAAGAUGCAAGACUAUUAGAAUAAGAAUGGCGGGGCUGGCCAGUUAGGUAAAUUCAUUAGAGUACAAUGUUGUAACACCAAGGUCAAGGGAUCGGAUCCUGAUACCGACCAGCCACCCCCCGAAAAAAAAAAAAUAGAAUAAACAUGGCUACCCUUCAUGUAUUACAAAAUAAUUCAUGCUGAGCGCGUUGGUGGUAUAGUGGUGAGCAUAG